CCUCCACAAUCGCGUUUCCUGUGCGCUCUCUCUCUCUCCCACUCCGUCUCGCUGUCCACACUGCUUGAUUCGCUGUCUGCUCGUGCAUAUUAAUAAGCGGGGAACAGCGGGCUGCUUUUAAAAGAGGGAGAGAGAGAGAGGGAGCGAGCUAAAGUAGUCUGAGGAGGUUGGGAAUAGGGUGAGCGCACGGGACGCACGCUCCGAGUUGCACAACCAGACGCACAGAGGAGAUUGGAACAACAAGGGGAGCAGGAGAGUUUGACCGAGGGUUGGGAAGUGCGAAGUGAACGAUUCUGACCUUAAAUAGCGGAGUGUUUUGUGGAAGAAAGGCUCUCUCCACCAUGAGUCGCUACGUAACGCUACUUUUGUUUGUAUUGGCUGUGUGCGUCUUGAGCGCAGAAGCGUACAAGUGUCGGUGCACACGUAAAGGACCAAAGAUCCGGUACAAGGAUGUGCAGAAGCUGGAGAUCAAACCUAAGCACCCGUUCUGCCAAGAGAAGAUGAUUUUUGUGACGAUGGAAAAUGUGUCGCGGUUCAAGGGUCAGGAAUACUGUCUUCACCCUAAACUCCAGAGCACCAAGAACCUGGUCAAGUGGUUCCGCAUCUGGAAGGACAAGCACAGGGUGUAUGAAGCAUAAGACCACAACCUUCUGUCACUUCUGGAUCACAUGACAAAUAAAGCCGGACUAUAUUACUUAACAUGCAAAGUAAUCUGCAAUCAAACUAUGCUUCUCAUUCCAGACAUCCAUAUACCACUUUUAUAGUGUGGAUUUGUGGAUGGACACAAAAAUAGUCUCUCAGCAGAUAUCAAUGUUACUCUUUAGGCAUGGGGAAAUAUAUAGAUCUACGUUGUUUUAUUUCCAAGGACUUGUGCAUAUAUUUUUUUCUGAUCCUGGUGUGAAACAUGUGAUCCAGACUAUGCUGUUUUUUCAGUGCUGUACCUGGAAAUGCAGUGUUCUGUGAUGUGUAUUUGUGAACUUCAUCUUUCAUUCUGUGUCAUAUAGCACAUAUAACCACUAUUAAUACGUAAACAAUUAUUUGUCUUUGUAAAUCAUAGUUGGACUUAACAGACAGUGCAGUUCAGGAAAACGCAACAUGAGUUAUGUGCCAUUCACAACAAACCAGUAGUGGGUGAUAUAUUUGUAUUAUAAUUGUAAGGCCUGACCUGUAUAUUAUAUAAAAAAACAAACAAUUGACAUGUAAGACACAUGUAAACAUCUUCGUAAAAAAGUACACCAUGCCUGUGUGUAAAUUAAGUUUGCAUAUUUUCCCAAGGAUGAGUUUUAGGCAAUAACGUGGAGACAAGCAGGCCAGAAAAGUAAAAAAGUAUGGAGUAUAUUGUGGGCUAUCAUAUUCACAUAGGCUAUAAAUUUUUUUGCACUGGUAAAUCUGUAACAUACUUUCUCUAUAUGCUGUGUGGACCCUUUUUGUAAUUGGCUGUGGUUUUGUUACAUUGACAUCAACACAUUUACACAGAAUAUGCAUUAUUCUUGUUUUAUAAAACAUAAAUAAAAACUAUAAACAUAGACAUAUAUAUAAGAUAUAUAGAUCAUAUUGCUAUAGAUUUUGUAAAUGGAUUGUAAGCUUGUAACUGAUUAUUUUGAAGAUGAGUGUUUGUAUAGACCAUUGUAAAUAGGCCACUCCAGUGAGUGUAAAACAUACAGCAAUAAAGUGUCUAUACAUAUCA